AUGGCUUCUAUAGCCGCCACAGCCAAUCCGUCUGGAUCACCCCCUUCGGAGCCCAUCGAGGUCUCAUUCCCACUCCCACGAGCCCCACAAACAAACAUCCAUCUCCAGCUCCGCAACAACGGCCCCAACAUACUACUCUUCCUCACAACCGCCUCACCCGAUGCCCCUACCACCGCACCGCUGGGAAGCUUUGUAUAUGCCAUGCCCAAUAAAGUAUCCCCUUCGGAUGCCUUCAGCACGGCUCUAUUCCCGCAAAGCUCAACUCUGGACUUUACAACAAGACUAGCCAAACUUCUGGCGCGGAAGCUAGGUAAACCGGUGUAUGUGGGGAAUUCGAUGAGUUUUGCGAAUGCGGGGAUGGGAGGGACGGUUGAGGAGGAGAUGGAAGGGUUCAGGCGGGUCGUUGAAGCGGUGAUGAAGUUGGUGCAGCCGUAA